AUGGACACAAUCCUGAGCUCGGCGAAGUACGAGGUUGCCAUCAGGCUGGACCUUACGUCGGCGUCCGGCGCUGCUUCACCCUGCGUCUCGUGCGUCGGCGGGAAGGUGGCGCGUCACUCUUUCCCCGACAAGGGCUCGGACGCCGAGGACGCCCUGGCCGUCGUGCACAUCGACCUGUGCGGGCCGUUUCGUGUGGCCGCCAAGGAUGGCAGCUUGUACUUCCUGCUGCUGAAGGACCGCAAGACCCGCUACGUGUGGGUGAAGCCGGUCGCUAGGAAGUCCGACUUGCUGCGGGAGUUCGCGCAGUGGCUGGUGUUGGUUGAGCGGCAGGCAAAGAAGUCGGUGCUGCAGCUGCGAUCUGACCGGGGAGGGGAGUUCCUCGGGAAGGAGUUCACCGCCUUCGUGGAUGGCAAGGGGAUCGUCCACGACCUGACCUGCCCGUACACCCCGCAGCAGAACGGCAUGGCGGAGCGGGAGAUGAGGACGGUGGUGGAGUCGGUGCGGACGAUGCUGUUGCACAUGGGCGUGCAGCACCACUGGUGGCACCUCGCCCUGCGCCAGGCCGUCUGGGUACGGAACUGCCUGGAGCGCUCGUCGCUGUCGCCUGGGACGACGCCGUACCAGUUGCUCACCGGGAAGAAGCCCGACUUGUCGCUGGCACGCGUGUGGGGCUGCAUGGCGCAGUUCCCGCUCCCCGAGCAGUAG